ACUCCCUAAAUUAAUUUAGAUUUGAAGCUGGUUCAAGGCAGUUAUGUGGUUGGGGUUUCGCCAAUGCCAAAGCUUUAAGGGGUCACAUGAAGGCCCAUCUCGCCACCCUUCCCCCUUCCUCCCAAGAUCGAUGGCGACAAUGGUGAUGAUGACUUUGCUUCUCCUUUGUCAUCUUCUUCCAUGGAGAAGCAAGAGCAAGGAAGUUCUGGAAGAGAAAGCUUUGGUUUAUGGGUUGAGGGAGAAUCCCAAGAAAAGUUUCAGAUUUGCAAAUCCUGGGUUCUCCUUCACACCAGAUUUUGGGUAUGUUGUUCUAGGUCGAGAGAAUGAGAUUGAGUUGAGAAAUCCAACUUGUAAACGAUCAAGGAGGAAUAAAAAUCAAUUACCUCGGAGGGUGGAAACCAGAAUCUGGAAAGGGAAGAGAAGUCGAAAGAGAUGGAGAAGGAGAAGAAAUGUUGGGGAAGAGUGAAGAGGAAGAGGAGAAUAAGGAAGAAGAAGGUUAAUUUUGAAAAUGAUUUUAAUUAAUUAAUAAUAAAUGGUUUUUAUUUUU